GAGCAGGUCAUCGAAGCCUACUUCAGCCAGGAGAAGGGCAUUGCAUACUCUUGGGGUCGCGUCCAUAUGGGUGCGUGCGACUUUUCCAGGCUUCCGGCAAUGGGCAACUGGAGCUGCGUUGAGCAAGAGAAUGACAAGGAGCUGAAAAGCUUCAGCAUCGAGCGCUAUCGCACGGCCAUGUUGCCCAUGAUCAAACGUGCGCAGGAGGUCGCCUCUCGGCCGCUGCAGCUGAUCGCCUCUCCAUGGAGUCCUCCAGCUUGGAUGAAGGACACGGGGCGCAUGCAAGGCGGCGGAGCCUUGAAAGAUGAGUUCAAGUCUGCCUGGGCACAGCACUACGUUCUCUUUGCACAGGCCCUUAAGGAGGAGGGUGCUCCCCUCUGGGGCUUCACUGUCCAGAACGAGCCUCAUGCGACAACACCCUGGGAGAAUUGUUUGUACAACGGCGACAUGGAGCGGGACUUCGUCAAAGAUCACCUGGGGCCUGCUUUGGAG